GCUUUGCUGACCAGCCUGCUCACUUGCCUCCCUGCCUGCUUCUGACAGCCUUGAAUGCCUGGUUCUUCGAGCACCUUGUGGGUCUGACAAAGCAGGGACCAUGUCUACUUUUGGCUACCGAAGAGGACUUAGCAAAUAUGAAUCCAUCGAUGAGGACGAACUCCUGGCUUCCCUAUCAGCAGAAGAGCUGAAGGAGCUAGAGAGGGAGUUGGAAGACAUUGAGCCUGAUCGCAAUGUUCCCGUGGGGCUCAGGCAAAAGAGUUUGACCGAGAAAACCCCUACAGGAACAUACAGCAGAGAAUCACUCAUGGCCUAUUGGGAAAAAGAGUCCCAAAAACUCUUGGAGAAGGAAAGGCUGGGGGAAUGUGGAAAGGUUGCAGAAGAAGACAAAGAGGAGAGUGAGGAAGAGCUUAUCUUUACAGAAAGCAACAGUGAGGUUUCUGAGGAGGUGUACACAGAGGAGGAACAGGAGGAGGAAGAAGAGGAGGAGGACGAGGAGGAGGAGGACGAGGAGGAGGAGGAAGAAGAAGAAGAAGACAGCGAAGAAGAGGAAAACGAGAGAGGCAUGAACGGAACUGUGAAUAGCUGCAGUGUCAACGGGCCAAAGACCUUUAAGAGUCAAAUCGAAAACAUAAAUUUAACCAACGGCCACAGUAAAAGGUCCACGGAGGCGCCGACGGCCGCCAUCCACCCGUGCGGAAACCCCACGGUCAUCGAGGAUGCCUUGGAAAGGAUUCGCAACAAUGACCCGGACACCACGGAAGUGAACUUGAACAACAUCGAGAACAUCACCUCGCAGACCCUCACCCGCUUCGCCGAGGCCCUCAAGGACAACACGGUGGUGAAGACCCUCAGCCUGGCCAACACGCACGCCGACGACAGCGUGGCCGUGGCCAUCGCCGACAUGCUGCAGGUCAACCAGCACAUCACCAACGUCAACGUGGAGUCCAACUUCAUCACGGGCAAGGGCAUCCUGGCCAUCAUGCGCGCGCUGCAGCACAACACCGUGCUCACCGAGCUGCGCUUCCACAACCAGCGGCACAUCAUGGGCAGCCAGGUGGAGAUGGAGAUCGUCAAGCUGCUGCGGGACAACACCACGCUGCUGCGGCUGGGCUACCACUUCGAGCUCCCGGGACCAAGGAUGAGCAUGACCAGCCUGCUCACCCGGAACAUGGAUAAGCAGCGGCAGAAGCGCAUGCAGGAGCAAAAGCAGCACGAGGCGCACGAAGGCGGAGCCCAGCUGAGGACCAAAGUCUGGCCAAGAGGCACGCCCGGCUCUUCGCCCUAUGCGUCUCCCAAGCACUCGCCCUGGUCCUCCCCGAAAGUCUCCAAGAAAGUGCCCACCGUGAAGAGCCGACCCCCUUCUCCCGUGGCCCCGCCGCCGCCGCCGCCGCCGCCCCCUCCUCCGCAGAAGCUGCCGCCCCCGCCGCCGCCGCCCCCUCCUCCGCUCCCCGAGAAAAAACUCAUCACCCGCAACAUCGCCGAGGUCAUCAAACAGCAGGAGACCGCCCAGCGGGCCUUGCAAAACGGACAGAAAAAGAAAAAGGGCAAGAAGGUUAAGAAACAGCCCAACUCCAUCCUAAAGGAGAUCAAAAAUUCCCUGAGGUCCGUGCAAGAGAAAAAAGGCGAAGAGGGCUCGCGACCGUCCACGCCCCAGAGGUCGGUUCAUGAGAAUCUCAUGGAAGCCAUCCGGGGAAGCAGCCUGAGACAGCUGAGGCGGGUGGAAGUUCCAGAAGCCCUGCGAUAAAAACACCAUGGUUAGAAGAGGAUGCAGAUUGAUUCAAUGGUAUUACAUAGAAUGCAUUGUGAGAGGUUUCUAUAACACCUUCAUUUUGAAAUGUUCCAUGACUCUUAAAAUAGCCUUAUCUAUCAGUUCCAAAGAGAAUUUUAAAACAAUCAGCAUGUUUCUUUUGUAAAUAUGAAAGUAAAUGUCUUUUUUUUCUAAUGUCAUGAGCUUUGUAUUGGCAGGAAGCAACUUAUAUAAAGAUGUUCUUCAUAAUUCUGGAUAUGUUGGUAUAUGUGAGCUGUAAUGAAUUAAUCAAAAUAGGCUGUUAUUUUUGUAAUCCUAAUAAAUUUGCAUUGAAUUUUU